GCCGCACGCGGGGAUGUCCGCGGGCCUGGGAGGAGCCUUGUCGGGGGCCUCUCGCUCCCUGUCACCCACCCGCCUGCUGUCGCUGCCCCCGGACAAGCCUUUUGGCUCUAAACCUCUGGGCUUCUGGACCAAGUUCGACGUGGCCGAUUGGCUGGAGUGGCUGGGCCUGGCCGAGCACCGGGCCCGCUUCCUGGACCACGAGAUCGAUGGCUCCCACCUGCCCGCCUUGACCAAGGAGGACUACGUCGACCUGGGGGUCACCAGGGUGGGGCACCGAAUGAACAUUGACCGGGCUCUCAAAUUUUUCCUGGAGAGGUGAUGGCUGGCCCGGGCGGACCGGCCGUCCACAGAACUGGAGCCAGCGCCUCUCACCUCCACGUUCUCCCGGGCGGGGACUCUGCCGUGACUGCGCCCUGCCCGGUCUCCGAGGCCUGAGGUCACCAGGUGACCCCUACAGGCCGGACACUUGCACCUCACAGGAGGGGGCGGCAGACGCAGGACCGCAAGGGACGCUGUGGCGCAGAGCGGAGGGGGUGGAAGGAAUCAAGGGGGACUGAGGGGGAGGAGGGGACAGACAGAGCCAUAGAGGGUCAGCCCCAGCCUGGCCGCAUGGGGGCGACCCCAGGCCGC